AUUAGAGUUGAGAGCAUAAAAAAUAUAAUCCAGCUUUAGUUAUAAAAAUAAUUUGUUUUCUGUUUAAUUUGCCAUACCACUGUAUGAAAAUUACAAAAACACAAACAAGCUAGAAACACUUAGCCGGCAAUUAAAUGAAUGUCAUUCAGAAGAUGGCUAUGUUAACACAAAAGGUAAAUGUUGUAAGAGAGUAAGAGAGAAAAACUUUUCCACACAACAAAAUGGGAAUUUCAGCGAGAGUAAAAGCUCAACUGCGCAGCUUUCACGUUUACCACUUUUCCGCGAUGAAGCAUUGCAGCCGAUACGACUGUUGAAACAGUUGCUGCGCGAUUACGGAACGAAACGGUUGUAAGCGGAAAACCCCAAAGCAUAGCGUGUACUCGACAAUAUUGUGCUGCUGAAUAUUUUUUCUUCCUCUUGGACGAACUCACCACCCAACCGCAGAGUAGUGUGAGUGCGCGCGAGUGUUUGUGCCGCCAAGGGGUGGCAGUCCAUAUUGAUGCCUAACAAUUGUUGCCUUGUGUGUGUAUAUAUGUGAAAUAGUAAGCAGUGAAGGAUGUAUAGCAAAUACAACAAAAACAGCAAUAAUACAAGUGUGUACCGAAGCAGCUGUGACAAGCGAUGGCAAUUUUCGAAGUUUGUUUCAACGCUGAAUUUAAAAGCGUGUGUUAAAUCAAAGUGAGCUUGGAUCUGCGUCUGUGUGGGUCGUGUGGACAUUUUGUUUUGUGUACCAGCAUAUGCAUACAUUCAUACGUGCGUGUUUAAUGAACAUACUACGAGCAGCCGGUCGAAAAUAUGGGGUGAACUAUACAAUCCAUUAGUGAGACGAACAAACACACAUCCACCCAAAAUCAAAGCGUGUGCAAUAAAAUAAAGUAUGCGAAACUUUGUGGAUUUUUCAGUUUUCAGCGCAUAACGGUAUGCAAUGUGUGACACGAAUAAUGCGAGCGGAUUAAUAGACUGCAGACGAAAGGAUUAUUGCCAACAACGUCAACGCAUAAAAAGUGUUGCAUAUUUUAUGGCGUUGCAAAGCGAGUGAAUAGCAUUAGAAAGAGAAAGCGUUACGCUUAAAAAUAGCAGAUUACGUAAACCUGCUGCACCAAAACACACUAAAGUGUAUUUAAGUGAAAAAAACAAGCAAAUAAAAUCUCUAUUGAAAAAAAGGAUUUAUUUAUUUUGAUUUUCAACCAAUGGAUAAUACCUAUUUUAUAGUCGCUUGUGAGUGCAAGUGAUUUAAGCAGCGCAAAUAUUUGCCUGCCAACCAAAUGGCUAACCGAAAAAUAUAAAAUACAAACAAAAAACCAAAAAAUCCGCUACACGCAGUGAAGUGCAGCAGGAGAGGCACAAAUACGAGUGCUGUACGUGGAAGCAUCCGUGUUGUAACCUUGACAUGCCGCCUACAGCCAGUCAGCCAGUCCUUUAAAUACACACACAUGCACACAUAUGUGUAGUGUACCGUUAGUAUAUGUAUAUAUAUGUGUGAACGUGCAACCUGCGGCCUACAUUCAAAAGAUAUUCAAGCAGACAAAAACGCCAAGAAAGGCAGACGCAUAACGGCACAUAACGGCAGACAAGCAGUCACUUCCUUAACAUUACUGCCUGCUACACACCCUCACACGCGCACGACAACACGCUCAAGCGUUAAAAGUACCAUUUAAGUGCGUGUGCAUAUUUUAUGUGCGCACACACAUAUAAACCUUCUUAUAUAAAUAUAUAUAUAUGAGUAUGUGUGCGAAAGCUCGUUGCUUACGUAUGUAGGUACGCAGCUCGUCGGCUCCAGCAGUCUGUAAUUACUUUAGUUUCAUUUGUGUUUUCGUUUUUAUCACAACUGUCGAGUGGCAGACAAAAAGGCAGCGGACAGCGGUCACGUGUGUGUGUGUCUAUAGUGUAUAAUUUGCCAUGUUAUCGAGUUGAAGUGUAGACUGCAGACCAAAAAAUCUUAAAAAAAAAUUAAAUUUGUUGAAAAUAAUAAAAACAAGAAAAACUAUAAACUAAAUUUAAACAAAACUUGCGCUUUGCGAACUCAAAAAGUCGGGUCUGUUACAAAGCUUCCGUUUGGUUUAGUUUUGUACCGUUAAGGCUUUUACUAGUUAACACUUCGUUUUGUUACCGCUGUGACGGCACUGUGAUGUACUUAUUCCCGUUACAUAACGCCUGUUACUUCAUCUCUUCACUUCAUCUCCGUAAACUAAGUACUCUAAACCAGCAAAAACUACAACAACAACAUCAUAUUCAUCUCCACCAAAAACCAAACUACAAGCUGGGAUUAUAUCUUCAAAACUCACUCAUAGCCGAUGCUUUUGAAACAUGCACAAACAAAGCAAUGUUGCCACGAUUACCGCUGCGACAGACGAUGGCGCUGUGAAGCCGCAUGAGUCCACUUUAAACGGUGGCGAUAAUAUCAUAACCAUCAGCACGAGCAGCAUUACUGACGAGUGUCAUACAUCAGCGUUUAACGAGCACUCGUUAAAGCCGCCGCCAUCAUCACCGAAAUCAACAACAGACAGUAACGAAACUGCCGAUCGUCAGCAUUCCUGCACAUAUCUGAAACCUACAACUUCUGCGAUCACCGUCUCCAAUACACCGACCACCAACGCCGCGGAGCCGUCAACACAAACGCGUGCUUCUCCACACUGUUGUGAUCUGUCGCGUUGCAUUUCGUAUCAAGAGAAUAUUGCCGAUGUGCAUCAUCGCCGCGGCCGUCGUUUGCAUGGCUUACAAUUGCCGCUACAUCCGCUACAAGUAUUCGGUUGGCUUGUGCUCAUACUCUUUGGCAUAGCCACAUUCUGUGUAUUGAUACCGUCAUUCUCGAGUGAAAUUCAGGGACCACUAUACGGUCUUGUCGGCGGUUUGUUUGUGGUGCACGUGGUGUCACAUUUAACCGCGCUCCUUACCGAUCCCGCCGAUCGUGAGCUGCAACGCGUACAUCGUAACGAUCGCAUAGUGCCGGAAUUCGACCGCAACCGUCACGCGCAUGUCAUUGAAAACGGCCGCUGUCAUUUAUGUAAUAUACGCACUUCGUCGCAGCGCACGAAGCACUGUUCGGUUUGUAAUAAGUGCGUCGGCAAGUUUGAUCAUCACUGCAAAUGGUUGAAUCACUGUAUCGGUUCGCGUAAUUAUGCGGCAUUUCUAAUGUGUGUGGUCAGUGCAGUGGCCGCGACGGUGGUGAUUGUCGCAGCCGUGGUGGCGCAAAUUGUGCUCUACUACGUCCAUCCCGAAUGGCUGAGCUUCUGGCAGCCCACAAAUGGAAAUGUUGCCAAUGUUGCAAGCACGGACCCUGCUGCGUUGCUCUAUGCACGCAAUGCUGGCACGCUUAAUGACACAGCGGUCGAAGCUGGCAAUGCCACGGCUAACAUUGAAUUCGCCGCAAAUGUUACCGCCAAUAUUAGCGCUUAUCUGUUGGAUACCAAUUUGUUGCCGGAUAAUGGGUCGCUGCCAGCAAUUGCUGAGAACGUGAGUACACUGAUUGCGGACACAAUCAACGACACCUUGCUGUUGCACUUGAAUCAAACAUUCAGUGUCGCCGAGACAACGUCGGACACGACAGGCGACAUUUCUAACAAUAAUGUUACAGUGGCCACCGUAGCCGGCAUUGGUGUUAGCGAUACAAUAUUUUUAGUGCUUAUUGGGCUGUUAGGAUUGCUGGCCGCCAUCACCGCUGGAUUGCUUAUGCAUCUCUGCUUUUUCCAUAUAUACAUCUCGUUUUUGGGACUUACGACCUAUGAGUACAUACGCAACCAUCGGCAAGCGCAGGAGCUCAAAGCCAAAGAAGCCAACGCCAAGCAGCCAAAAGAAGAUCAUCAACAUUACCCUUUAACUCCGUCCAAAAAGACUAACGACUGUGGCCAAAUUUACUUUUGUUCAAGCGCGCGUCAUCCGAACGCCGUCAAUCCCGCUGAUGUGCAUUAUUUUGAUGCGCGUAAGCCACCGCCUAAACGCGAUGAUAGUCCGCAUUCGCGUCUACACUGCUGCGUUAAUUCCAGAGAAUAUCAUCAGUCUGCUUCGAAGACAUACUACAUGUGUUCGCUGCUCGAGGAGAACGCAGCGCACUCGCCGCUUGCAAUAUCGCAUAUCAGCGGCGGCGACAGCACCAGAGCUGGUCGUUUGUACGAUGCAAGCGAAACAGCAGACGCAACAGAGAGAGGGUACAAGACCUUCCAUUGCUGUUCAUCAUUCGGCGCGAUGGCGACGCAACGUCGUGUCAGCGCUGCAACGUCCAAAGCCACAUUGGUUAGCGACUUGGAGGCGAUAAGCGCGCGACGCUCAUACAUGCAGUACACCGAGCAAUGUACAUUGUGCACCUUUCGUAUACGCAGUCCGAUGGUGAGUAAACGCGUCGGCGAUGUAAGCGCACGUUCUGCUAGUGCCAAGCAACGCAGCACCCAUGGUCCGCGGGAGUUAAGUCCAACGCCGCGUACCGUUUCGGCAAGUUCUAAAGUGGUUAGUAGCGAGCAUCAACGCUGCUGUAUGAAGUCGAUAUCGAAGAAUCAGCGUUGGCGACGAAAAUGGAAUUGCUGUUCGAAUGUGCCCGACAGUCCCGAUGUGCCGAAUGAUAUUAUCGCCGCAUUGGCGAUGCGUCACCAACACAGUACUGCCACCAGCAGCGGCAAAAAAGUGAAUGCCACAGAGAUACCAGUACAUUUCAUUAAAACAGUCAAUGGUAGCGGUAGCGGUAGCGGUGACAGCAGCACUGCUAGUCUAAGUGGUAGCCGCCCUAACUCUCCACGCAGUGCCAAUCUCAAAUCAAGUUCACGCGUACGCCACACGCGCACCUGGCCAAUGCCACGCCUGCGACACAUGAUGCGUAUGCUCGGUCGUUAUCGUCGCACGCGCUGUCGGCAAACGGACGCCAACAACGCAAUUAGUAACGUUGACGAGCAUCAAGUGAAACAAAAUCAAAUCCGCCCAUUACAUUUGCAGUCUAGCGGCAAUGGCGCUUACAGCCGCCAACAUCUUAAUCACCAUCAACCACAGCAACAUUACAACGACAGCAGCUCACCACAGCCGCCCUCAUCCACAACGACAGCAUCGGAGCGUAGCGAUCAGAGCAUCUACAGUGAUUCAAGUAAUCUCACAACCCCCUCAGGUCAGACGCCCAAUGCCAUUGAAACUAUUUUGCCCACAUCAGUGAUACGUGAUGACACGUCCAUGACAUAUACGACACCCAUGGGAAUCACAUUGCCACCGGCCUUGCCACCACCGACACGUCGCAAAAUACCAAAUCCUACAAAUUUGGAAGAGCUCGCAGAGACACUUAGUUUUGUCUCGCAUUCGUCGGGCGGCAGUUCGGGCACUUUAUCGCCGGUGCAGAGACUCCCCACGCUGAGCAACGUUUAUCGCCGUCAGCGACGCAAACAUUUCUUACGUACACGUUCACCAACUUUAUCGCCAAUACACGAGACCGGUCUGUCGAAUCCAACAUCACCGCAACCGGGUCGUCAUAAUGCAAGCGCCACCGGUUCAAAUGCCGCUGUUGCGUCAGGUCUUUCAUGCGAUUCAGUUGAGUUGGCGCGAAAGAGUUCAUCGAAUAGUUCACUACAUAGCGUUAGUUCCAACUCUAGCAGUACUUAAGUUGUCAAAUUUACCAUAUUCGCAUUUUUUUUUAAAUUGUUCAACUGUUGUGUACUAUUGAAGAGUUAUGUAAGGUAUAUAAAGGUGUGUGUGUUGCGCUACUAACUGAACCACGUAUCAACUCCAGGUGUUUUUAAAAAUAGGUUUAUCAGUAGCAUACCCGAUCAAUUUUAAUAAUAUCUUAUUUUCUCUUGAAUUGAGAUAUGCAUCGCUUAAAAACUACUAAUGGGCCAACCCAAAAUCUCCCGUGAAUCCUGCAUUGACUCGUAUUAUUCGCUUGUCGAGUUAAGUGGAAAUACUUUCCAUUGUCAUUAGUUUUAAUUACAACAUCAUCGAAAUUUGAUAUUCAUGUUUGGUAGCAAGAUUUUUUAAAUCAGCAAAACUCUUAUAUCACAUGUAUAUCUAUUGAGCUAGAUUUGAGUUGAAAGUCCUCCCGCUAGCACAUAAAAACUCAGCGAACAAAGCUUAGUACUAGAUAACCACUUGGAGUUCGAAACAAUCUCUGUUCAUAGAAUAAAUAGUUUCCAAUAUUUUCGCUUUUCGAAAAUCCGUAGAAAUUAACAUUUUACCAAAACUAUACAUUUUGGAUACAUAAUUUAAUUGCACUUUCUCAAGUAUGAAGCUUUAUUAUAAUGAUAUCUUUGGAUUUUCUACAAUGGGUUUAAUGAGGCUGUGUGUUUAGGAAGUAGUUUUCGUCCUCAACUAAAUAUUUACACAUAACUUUUAAUAUAAACUGGUAACAGUCCGGUGCACUUCUAAGCGAGCGGCAAAAGAGCACUCGCUAAAAUAAGGUAUGCGUCAAUGCCGGCAACAACUCCUUUUGUUAUCUGUCUGUAAUAACGUUGGUCUAAAAAUAAGCAUCAUACUAUAGAGCACAUGUUAGACUUCUGAAAUGUCAGCGGUGUUCCUUAAGGGGUUAGGUGCAGUCUCAAACAUGAAAAAAUUACAAUAAAAAUUUUUUACAGUAAAUUAUUAUAUUUUAUAAAAGUAAUUAAAUAAAAUUUCGAAUUGACUUGACAGAAAUUAAAAAUAAUAAUAAAAAUUUUAAAAGUAUUGGUUGUUUGUAUUGGUUCAGUUCUAACCAAAGCUGCUUCCGGUGGCCAUUACUAACAAAUCCUUGGAAAUUCAUCUAAAAUCAAUCGGACAAAAAAAUGUGCUUCAUUAAUUUCAUAGAUCAUCUAGUGCGUGAUCUAAGCUUUUUUUUUAAAUUAUUGUAACAAAAUGGCGGCCUCAGGAAAACUUUUUCCAGAUGUUCAGGAAAAACCCCAACAGUUAAUUGUUUAAAGAAAUCGAAGUGAAAAGACCUUCGAUCAGGCACUAGUUUUUCAUGUUUUCAAAAAGCUGUAUAAAUUUCAUUGAAAUCUGCCGAGCGGUUUUCGAGUUGCCGUGGUCACCAGUUCAAAAAACAUGGUUUUGAGAAAAUACACGAACGUUCCAGAGCGCCCGCGAACCCUUUGCUAAUUAUCGAAUAACUCGAAAUAUAUUUGUCGGAUUUAUUUGAAAUUUCUAAGAUAUUAUACUACUGAUUUGAAAAUUCUGACUAGCCCUAAUCCCUUAAAACAUUUAAAGUGGUUUCAUCUGAGAAAGAGGGUACUACAACACAGAUAAAGUUUCUGGGUAUUCUUUAAUAUUCAUUUUAAUUCUAUUGGGCAGACUCGCGUUCAGGUCUUUAUUUGUUAAACAAAUAGUCUGACAUGCCUUUCUCUCUGGAUAUUUUAGAAUAUGUGGGGAAAUUUUUCGUACUAAAAAUAUACGCUGGACAAGAGUGUAUUGUACGUAACGGUAAAAGCUCUUAUAUUUACCGUUUAUACUUAAAUAUAACAAAUAUAAGAAUACACUUUCGCUGUGUGUUUCGCCUAGCAAUUUCUCCUCGAACUCAUACACACACACUCACAUAUGUGUAUGCAUUCGCAGAUAUUCGUGUUUACGAAAUUGCAUGUUAGCAAAUAUCCAAUUCUACACAUACAUAAAUAAACAAUUUGCAUAUUGUUCCAUUAAGUCCGAGGUUCAUGGUCAGUUCGCCUUUUAUUUCUGCGGAUUUCCACGGUAAUAUUUCACCUGUCACUUUGUUGUAUUUCAAUUAAAACCUGUUAGGUUUGUUUUGCUCAUUUACAUACGAGUAUGUACAAGCGAUAUGCCCAUUAAUGCCUACAUAUAUGCACAAUAAAUCUCUUAUAUUAUAUAUAUCCUUGUGGAGCUGCUUAGACCUGCAGUGAAAAUUUACACUUAACACUUAAGCAAUAAAUGUGGCUAAGCUAAUUUAUAUAUAUUUGUACUUUUAAUUCGAGCGACCUGUUCUAGAACUGUAAUGACUUCUUUAGAGUUAUAUCGUACGUCUGCUAUAUUUUUUGUCGAACUGUGAUAUACCGAAACAAAUCGACAAAUGGUUAGUUCUACAAGUUUUAACCCGCCUCUGAAUAUCUCAUACACUUUUAAGCCCUCUUGACCCGAGGCUUGGAAAUAUACAUUUUUUUGUUUCCUGUAAUCUUCCAAAGUUCUCUGCAUUCUUAAGCAUUUAUAGGCAGAACUAUUUGUAUUUACAGGAGUCUCAUCCACAUUAGACUUUAAAUCGACAAAACCAUAAAUUUGAGAAAAAAACAGCAAAGAAAUCAUACUCUCCAAUUUAAUGACACGGUUGCAUGUCGAAUAGCUUCGCCUUAACUGAGCUUACAGCUCUCAGAAACUAAAUGAUCUAUGAUAAUCUAAAUGAUCUAUCAACGGUCUUACUUUUAUGAUACAUAUAAACCCUUAAGUGUCUUCCGAUCUCUUAUCUUAUAAUUUUUCUUUUUCUGCUCGAUCCGAAAUGUGAAAACGGUCUAACUUUUAUGGUACAUAUACACUCUAAAGUGUCUUCUGAUCUCUUAUCUUGUAAAUUUCUCUUUUUCUACUGAAUCCUUUCGAAAGAUCUUUCACGAAGUCUUCAUUUGUUUCCAAAGAGGCGGCAAUGUUGGAUAAAUAUCCUUAAAUACUAAUUAAGAAAUCAUGAAUUAAGUUCCUCGGACGACACGCCGGAAAGGUUAUGUUUAUACAAAAAUAUUAUAACAGAGAGAGAAGAAAGACGAAAGGCAAUGUAACGGCCGUUAGUUUAGCAAACAGGACUAUAUCGAACUUGAAAUAAGGCUCAGAGAGUUAGAUUGCUUAUUUGCUUUUCGGGCAUAAAGAAGUUCUUUAGAGAGAUGCGUCAUUUAUUGAACAUUAUUAAAAGCAUUCAACAAUUUUGCUAGAGUUAACUGAAUUAGAGGCUGUAGAAUCUGCGAAAACUGGAGAAACAUAUAUUUCAAAAUAUGACACCAAUUCCACAAGUACGAACAGGUAGAUACCAUACAAUUAUAUAUUCAAUGCCUUAUUUAUAAUUGCGAUCAAAUAGAGAAUUGUAGACAUAUACUAAACACGUCACAUCCGCCAUUUUCAUGUUUCUACUUUCAUCCAUUUUCCUCGUUUCAUAAUUAUAAUAACUCAAUUUUUUUAAAUUUUUUUUCCUUUCUUUGUUUGUUCCUCUACUCAACCCACUUUACGUUUUUGUAUUCAUAACAAAAUUACUUUAACCAUAUCUCCCGCCCCUAAUUAAAAUUUUCCUUGUUGCUACGCCACUGUUGUUUACUCUACUACAACAAAGCGGCGCGGAGUCAGCAAAGAGAAUUCAGUAUGAGUCCAGCUAAAUGAAAUAUGCACUUACCGGAAUGUAAUUGUACAGAGGUAUACGUGUAUUUAAGGUUGCCGAAGCACGGCAAACAUUGAGUGCAGACAAGAUGAGUCUGGGUACCGAGAACGCGGUCAUUCGCGAAGUGUCGCUGCACCUCCACUUCGCACAAACGAUGACUGUUUUUUGCUUAUCAUUGGCAAUAGUCAGGCAAUAAAACAAUUGCCAUUAAGCCGGAAGCAUUUUUCCUGCUCGGCACGUCAUCUAUUCAUUCUCUCUCGUUGAUCCCUUUUGGACGGUUAGACGCAGAGGAGAAGUCGUCUAACAAAGAAGAAAAUAAAAUUUCAAUAUAUCCGCAAUUAUAGAUAAGUAAGCGUAACAGGCAAGGUGUAGAGUUUGUUGUAGGAGCUGUCUGACACUUCGGGUCAGAGGAGCGAACGAGUGUAAGCGCAUUGAGCUUUGAAGUUGAAAUCUUUUGCUUGUACGUUGUAAAUAUGAUGGAUUAGCCGGCAACUCCUACUUACUUUAGUUGCUUCUGUUAUAGUGAUAGAAGUAAUCUUAAAUAAUUAAUCAAAGAAAAUCGAUUGCACUUAAACUUUCUUCCAAAGAUUUUUUUUUCAAAGGAAUUUUUUCAAAAUAUCAUUUAUUUUAUUUUAUAUGUAUGUACAUUUUCGAUUCAACAUUCUGUUAUAAUAUUGUAUUAUUUAAAACAUACAGACACAUUUAAAGUCUCGCUCCUUGAUAAUGGACCAGAUGCUGGCUUUAGCCUAGCGUUGGGGGACCUUAACGGUAGUCCAGCUUGUAAAAGCAGUAUACAAGAAGAGAAUCAAAGACAAUCCUCUCCUAGUCCGAUAAUAAAGACCUAAAGGCCUUCUUUGUGAUCCCGUCAGCUAAAGAUUUUUGCGAUUUCGCUACAAUUUAAAUCCAUUUGACCCUUAGCAGUAAAUAAAUCUAAAGUGUUAUCAAUCACAAUUAGUAUACUCUAGCCAAGCCCUAAGGUAGUAGAUCUACCGCUCCCUAAAUGGUAACCGCAUCUGUUUAAAAACUAGAGGUUGAUGGUCUAUUUGAGUUGGGAGUUUAUGCAGUUCCUGUCUCCAACCUUUUCAUUCAACUUUGGACCAUCUAAAGUCUUACCGUUUUAUCUAACAUUGCUGUUAUACUAAAAUCAUUUGUUGAAAAAGUGUAGCCUUUAAAAUUAUAUAAGCCUAAAAUUAUUAAGCUCUGUACGGUUUGUGCACCCCAAUCAGGUUUGUAGUAUUUAUUUUCAAGAUUCAUGAUUUCAAAUUAUACUCUUUUGGAAUGAUAGUUUAUUACGUUUAUCCUUAGAUAAAGGAUUAGGUUAGGUUAAAAGGUCGAUCAAAUGGAUGUCACUUAAACAGCUGAAGACGUCGGUCCAUUGUGAUACAUUAAUACUCUUAAGUAUUGAUCGAAAAGAUUCUCAAAAAUCAACAAAACGCUAUGAGCUUGUCAUAAAUUUCAAUUCACCAGGUUUGCCGAACCUCAGUCUUACAACAUACAGUCAAUGGAGAAGAAAAUGCCUGGGGGUUUCCACCUCUUUUCCUCCAUACAGCUUUUAUAAUGCGUCCGACCUGAUUAUAUCCUUACCGCACGAACGCCUCUUGGACAAUGUCCAGUAAGAACUCCUACGAUUAUGGUAAGAUGAACCUUACUGAAGGGAACUCAUCGUCCUUUUUAGAGUAAAUGUUGACUUGCACUCUAGUUAAUGUUACUGACUGUCAAAUUUAUUGCUCUCAAUACAUUUGAAAAGCUUUUGCAUAACCUGAGUUCACUGAGCAAACCGAAAACUAAAAACUUUGUAUAUAUUCAAGAAUAGAUAAUAACCGUCCGUGGAAUAUUCAUACACCGCUUGCAAGAGAUCUUUUCAGGAGCUCAAGAUGCACCUAGAUCAUUUGUAAUACAGUUAUCCCAGAUAUAAGUAAAAUAUUUGCUAUCGAACGUUCUAGGGUGCCCGAGAACACCUUGCUAAUUAUCGAAUAACUCGAAAAGUCGGAUUUGUCGGAUUUUUUUCAAACUUUCAGAGAUAUAUUCUAAGAUAUUAUACUUUAAGAAAAUGAUUUUUUCGAUCUUUUAAACAUUCUGACUACCUCCAACCGCUUAUAGCAGACCAAAAAUUUAUAAUUCUAGAAAUUGAGGAAACCAACGAGGGCUCAUUCAAAUUAGAAAUUCAGUAAGAAAAAAAUUAAUUGUGUAUUCAUUAUUUAGUGCUAAAAGUCAAUUUGAGCAUAGCAUAUAAGUAAACUUUUUCCAAUAAUGGAAAAAUUAUAUAUUUUUUAUCUUUCAUUACUUUGUUUCAUUUUUCCUUUUGCCUAUUAAGCAUUAGAAAGAAAUAAACAAAGAAAUCGAUAAUACGAGUUGAGUACGCUCGCAGGUCAUUGACACACACACCUUUGCAAACACAUACGAGUAUAGAAGCACAUACCUGAAUAUGGUAAAGUAUAUAUCUACCAUAUAUACAUAUAAAUAUAAGUAUAUAAGUGAACCCAGUGCAUUAUAAGAAACAACUCUCAACUCCAAACUCCACUCGAACGAUCCAAAGAAGCGAAAGAACUUUAAUAUUCUUCAUUUAUUUAGAAAGCAAUUUGGCGAAUUCUCUGUAGUUGAACUGACAGUUAUAAAGGUACACGAGUACAUACAUACUUAUAUAAUGUGUCUAUUUUAGUGAAACUGUAAUUGGAUACAACAAAGUCCUUUCAAAUUGUUAACAGCUGAAUAUAUGUACGUAAAAGAAAAACAACAAAAACAAUAGAAAAGCAAAUUAAAAAUGGACGAAUAAAGAAUAACAAAAAAAAAAUAAAUUAUGAAGCAUAAAAAAUGCGCAGUUUAAGACAAAAAUAAUGAAAACGAAUACAUUUACAUUGUUAAAUAAGAAACAAAAAAUAAAUAUGGCAAGACUGGAAAAAUUUGGUAAUAAGUGAAAUCGUAUUGUUUUUGAACAGCGAAAGUGUUGAAGCGUUGGUGCUAGCAUUAGUUCUAGUCUGCAUUCACAUACAUACAUACAUACAUAUGUAUAAGUCAAUUAACGCAUUUGUAUGUACAUAUAUAUUUUUGCAAAAUUAAAAAAAUAAAAACGAAAUAUUAAAAUAAAUCAGCUUAAAGUGCUCUAUGUGAAAGGUUCGAAAUAUAAAAUUAGAAAAAAAAACGCAACGCACAGCAUUCACAUUGAUAUAUAGUAUAGUAGUGUAAUAUUUUAACUAAUUGGUGUUUAUUAGAAGAUUAUAAGAGCAAAGGCCAAACAUGAAAUAAAUUAAGUUGUGGAACGAGGCAGCAACAAGGGCAAGGAGACAAGAACUAGCAGGGAUAAACUCGAUUCAAAAAAAUAAAAAUAUCGUUGUACCCAAGCUUUAAUACCCUUCACAAAUAUAUACAAAAUAAUCCAUUCAUGAACAUGCUUUUGUUCAGUCAUUUUGUAUGACAGCUAUAUGCUAUAGUGGUCGAAUCUGAACAAACUUUUUGGAGAAUGUACCGUAGCUUUUAACAAUAACCUAUGCCAAAUUUCGUGAAUAUAUCUUUUCAAAAAAAAAAGUUUUCCAUAAAAGAACUUGAGUUUGAUCGGUCAUUUUGUAUGGCAUCUAUAUGCUAUAGUGAGCCGAUCUGAACAAUUUCUUCGGAGAUUGUAACGGUGCUUGGGACAAUAAAGCCACACCGAAUUUCGUAAGGAUUAGUCGGUUAGUUUGUAUUUCUUCGAAAAUAUUAUUGCAGUUUUGGGCAAUGAUUUAUGCGAAAUUUCGUAAAGGCAUUUUUUCAAAUAAAAAAGUUUUCCAUACAAGAACUUGUUUUUGACUGGUCAGUUUGUAUGGCAGCUAUAUACUAAAGUAGUCCGCUAUCGGCGGUCGAUAUCUCAAAAACUGAUUGACUAGAUUUGGUUUGGAAUUGAGGGUCUGUUUCAGUUACGUAGACCCGACUAUCGUGUGUAAAGACCCAUCAAUAAUUUAGGUUAUAGCUAGAAAGGUUAAAACUUCUUCUUCUUCUUCUCAUCACAAAAACAAGUUUCUCACUGCUAGUUCUUGUUACCGUGUAAUUUUAGAGUAAAAUUUUACAUGCACAAAUUGGUGAAAGAAAAUUACAACAAAAACCGUUACGGUUCGAAAAUGCUUUACAUGUUUUAUUGUAAAAAAUAUUUACUACGUAAGAAAAUUUUAGCAUAAAAAAUUAAAAUUAAAUAUAUGUAAUAGCGUUAUUAAAAAAUUAGCAAGAGUUUGAGAAAUCGUGUGAAAAAAUUAUUUUCGAAAUUGCAAAAAUUGUUGCUUCAACAUUGCAUUGUAAAGUAAUUAUCUGCUGCUACAUUUUAGUCAUAAUUUAUUAUUAUUUACUAAUUUUAUAUAAAAAAUACAAAUUCAGUUUUUACCCUAUAGAACAGAUUACUCAGUACAACAAAAAUUAUUGUAUUUACAAAUAAUGUAUGAAAACAAAAAAAUAUUUUUAAUAUGCAAACCCUUGCUGAUUAAACCAAAUCCCUACAUAUAGACAUACUCGUACGAACAUUGUAUAUGUGAAUGUUGAAUGUUCCAGUAAACACACCCACAUUUACACAAAUGGAAAUUAAAUACAAAAAACACAAAAACAAAAAUGAAAUACUCGUCAUAGCCAAAUAAAUGGGAAUUUAUUGAUUUCAAAACCUUAA